AUAUAUAUAUAUAUAUUUAUAUACACAUCUAUCGUCUGUUGUCAAUAUCAUAUCGGAAGUUGUUCGAGUUGCAGCGACAGCGACAAUUAAAAAUGGCCGCUGCCACAGCCGACGUUGGAAAUGCAGUGAACGAUUGCUUCAGUAUCGGUUCCACAGUGAUCUGUACGACCUGCUUCAAGGAGGAAGUCGAGGGGGAGGUUCUCGCGUUCGAUCAUAACACAAAAAUGCUUAUAUUGCUUCGAACAGAAUGCCACUCGAAAGCUUCAGGUGAACUGAGUGAUGUUUAUGUGAUGAACUUAUCGUUGUGCAGUAACGUGCAGGUAAUUAAGGAAUGCAAUGGAAACUUCAUCGAUGACCCUCAAAAGCUGAACCUUGAACAGGUUAAAAUGCGCCUUCGUAAAACAGUAGAAAGACGGCAAGAUUAUCUCAAGUCCAAAAAUGCGGAUGUUACAGCAGAAGCACAAGAGCUCUAUCGAGCGAUAGCCAAACAACUUGGGUACAAUGAAGUUUCGUGGCAAGGACCAAACAUACAAAUUUUAAACGAAGUUACCGUAUCGCCGCCAUAUAGGGUGGACAAUGUUGUAUCCAGUUCGGACAACGACAAGUCGUGCACAUACAUUAAACGAAUUAUAAAUCAGUUCUUCACCACGAGACCUUCGGCGGUUCAGGAAAAUGCACAUGGUGCCAGCUCUUCGUCGGCAUCUGUUUCGCCCACUUCCUCAUCCUUAUCAUCGAGUAACGCAGCUUCAGGAUCACCGGUUCCCGCUAACUAAAAAUAAAAAAGAAAAA